AUGGAUGUCUUAUGUUCGGGCCGUUGCACGCCACCGCACUCGUUGCUUGAUGAGCAGCAGGAACCCCAGCGAAUGACCGGGGUUGGCGCAUUCCAUCCCUGGUUCCCGGCGUCCUUCGAGAGUGAAUUUCCGUCUACCGUGGCUUUCUGCAACUCUGAAGCCAGGGCUGAUCGCACCGGAACACUCAGCAGAAGCAUCGAACAUCCAAGCAACCCGACGUCGAAGACUGUGCCAUCGCUGCUUCUGGCUAGUGAUCCAGACGUCUGGAGAUGA